AUGGCUCCGUUUUUGAUCGUUACGAUGACGGAGAGCACACAACUGGAAGUCAAUGCCCAUGUGAGAAUUGACGAAUACGGGUUCUUUCUUUAUUGGCUGAUAGAGUCCAGAGAUGCAGUUGUACUGGAUAUCGGCCAAGUGUGGGAAGCACGUCCUUCUGGUUUACCGAAGGAUGGGCGAGUGCUGUUUGAACUUGAGCAACGAGGGGCCCGUGAAACCCUGGAAGAGAGAACGAUCUGGAUCACUCACGGACAAGAUCUCGUAAACGUUCAAAGCUUUUAUCUAGUCGCUGAGACUGUUGAAAUUGCCAAACUGGAAAUGGCUGACGCUGAGUGUAAACGAUCGCAGGAAAAUCCCGAUCAAGCUUCUCGUCAAGACAUUUUCCUCUGGGAAACCCGAGAAAAUGGUCCUGAAGUGUCUGAGCGAUCUUGGACUGUGUGGAGAUAA